UCGAUAUGAAGGUACUUCGUAAAUACACAAAUGAACAGAUAAAUCUCCAAACUAUGGUACAAAUGAAUUCAUCUUCGUAAUUUUCUGUAAGUCUUCAGUCUUUCUAAAGCCAUGUUACGGAACACAUCCCUAUAGCAACGAGGAGAAAAACAACUUUAUUCACAUUACACGGUAAAAUGAAUUUUACUUCGGUAGCCACGAUUGUUCUUAUGUUGAUACAUUCACACCUAGUAUCGGCAUCAAUAGACUUUGAGCUGGAACUUAUUUCUUAUGAUGGUGAUAAACGAAAAGCAGAUGGCACAUGUUGCGAUCCUCCGUCAUUAGGAAUUAUUUGCGAUUCCUCUUGUGAUCCUGGAUUCCAUAUUUGUUUAGAUGAUGGUUCCGUUACAUGUCCUUAUUUCGAUGGCAACACCGGACUGAUUGUAGAAGAUGUCGAAGAUAUAAAUUUUGAAACCUAUUCACUUGGACUUCUUCCUAAUCCCAUUCAAAUCACUAUUGAUAAAUGGCCGGAAUAUGGUCUGCGGAUCAACAUCACGGUAGAGGACUACGAUGAAUCUCCUGAUAAAGAGAAGAUCGAUAACUAUUUUGUGACAAUUGAUGAAAUACCAUCUUUAACUGUUCCUGCGACAAUGGUGGGAUUAAGUGAUGGCAGGGUGAUUAAGACCCGGUUAGUUAUCGACUAUGUAGCAACCUGCAGCAACGGGUAUGAAGGAUUGGACUGCCAAACAAACAUUGAUGAAUGUCAGAGCAAUCCCUGCUCCAACGGUGCUACUUGCAACGACUUCAUUAAUGGGUAUAAUUGUUCAUGUACAUCAAGUUUUACCGGAGACGAUUGUGAAACCGAAGUGGAUGAAUGUGAAAGCAAUCCAUGCCAGAACGAGGGAACAUGCAAUGACUUUGUAGUUGGGUUUAACUGUACAUGUAAAUCGGCUUACGAAGGAAUGUACUGUGAACUAGAAAUAGAUGAAUGUUCAAGUAACCCUUGUCAAAAUGGUGCUACAUGCACUGAUUAUUUAGAUGGUUUUAAUUGUACCUGUAUUUCUGGAUAUGAAGGAACAAACUGUGAACAAGAAAUAGAUGAAUGUUCAAGUAACCCUUGUCAAAAUGGUGCUACAUGCACUGAUUAUUUAGAUGGUUUUAAUUGUACCUGUAUUUCUGGAUAUGAAGGAACAAACUGUGAACAAGAAAUAGAUGAAUGUUCAAGUAACCCUUGUCAAAAUGGUGCUACAUGCACUGAUUAUUUGGAUGGUUUUAAUUGUACCUGUAUUUCUGGAUAUGAAGGAACAAACUGUGAACAAGAAAUAGAUGAAUGUUCAAGUAACCCUUGUCAAAAUGGUGCUACAUGCACUGAUUAUUUGGAUGGUUUUAAUUGUACCUGUAUUUCUGGAUAUGAAGGAACAAACUGUGAACAAGAAAUAGAUGAAUGUUCAAGUAACCCUUGUCAAAAUGGCGCUACAUGCACUGAUUAUUUAGAUGGUUUUAAUUGUACCUGUAUUUCCGGAUAUGAAGGAACAAACUGUGAACAAGAAAUAGAUGAAUGUUCAAGUAACCCUUGUCAAAAUGGUGCUACAUGCACUGAUUAUUUAGAUGGCUUUAAUUGUACCUGUAUUUCUGGUUAUGAAGGAAUAAACUGUGAACAAGAAAUAGAUGAAUGUUCAAGUAACCCUUGUCAAAAUGGUGCUACAUGCACUGAUUAUUUAGAUGGCUUUAAUUGUACCUGUAUUUCUGGAUAUGAAGGAACAAACUGUGAACAAGAAAUAGAUGAAUGUUCAAGUAACCCUUGUCAAAAUGGUGCUACAUGCACUGAUUAUUUAGAUGGUUUUAAUUGUACCUGUAUUUCUGGAUAUGAAGGAACAAACUGUGAACAAGAAAUAGAUGAAUGUUCAAGUAACCCUUGUCAAAAUGGCGCUACAUGCACUGAUUAUUUAGAUGGUUUUAAUUGUACCUGUAUUUCUGGAUAUGAAGGAACAAACUGUAAACAAGAAAUAGAUGAAUGUUCAAGUAACCCUUGUCAAAAUGGCGCUACAUGCACUGAUUAUUUAGAUGGUUUUAAUUGUACCUGUAUUUCUGGAUAUGAAGGAACAAACUGUGAACAAGAAAUAGAUGAAUGUUCAAGUAACCCUUGUCAAAAUGGCGCUACAUGCACUGAUUAUUUAGAUGGUUUUAAUUGUACCUGUAUUUCUGGAUAUGAAGGAACAAAGUGUGGACAAGAAAUAGAUGAAUGUUCAAGUAACCCUUGUCAAAAUGGUGCUACAUGCACUGAUUAUUUAGAUGGCUUUAAUUGUACCUGUAUUUCUGGAUAUGAAGGAACAAACUGUGAACAAGAAAUAGAUGAAUGUUCAAGUAACCCUUGUCAAAAUGGUGCUACAUGCACUGAUUAUUUAGAUGGUUUUAAUUGUACCUGUAUUUCUGGAUAUGAAGGAACAAACUGUGAACAAGAAAUAGAUGAAUGUUCAAGUAACCCUUGUCAAAAUGGCGCUACAUGCACUGAUUAUUUGGAUGGUUUUAAUUGUACCUGUAUUUCCGGAUAUGAAGGAACAAACUGUGAACAAGAAAUAGAUGAAUGUUCAAGUAACCCUUGUCAAAAUGGUGCUACAUGCACUGAUUAUUUAGAUGGCUUUAAUUGUACCUGUAUUUCUGGAUAUGAAGGAACAAACUGUGAACAAGAAAUAGAUGAAUGUUCAAGUAACCCUUGUCAAAAUGGUGCUACAUGCACUGAUUAUUUAGAUGGUUUUAAUUGUACCUGUAUUUCUGGAUACGAAGGAACAAACUGUGAACAAGAAAUAGAUGAAUGUUCAAGUAACCCUUGUCAAAAUGGCGCUACAUGCACUGAUUAUUUAGAUGGCUUUAAUUGUACCUGUAUUUCUGGAUAUGAAGGAACAAACUGUGAACAAGAAAUAGAUGAAUGUUCAAGUAACCCUUGUCAAAAUGGUGCUACAUGCACUGAUUAUUUAGAUGGUUUUAAUUGUACCUGUAUUUCUGGAUAUGAAGGAACAAACUGUGAACAAGAAAUAGAUGAAUGUUCAAGUAACCCUUGUCAAAAUGGCGCUACAUGCACUGAUUAUUUAGAUGGUUUUAAUUGUACCUGUAUUUCUCCUUAUGAAGGAACAAACUGUGAACAAGAAAUAGAUGAAUGUUCAAGUAACCCUUGUCAAAAUGGUGCUACAUGCACUGAUUAUUUAGAUGGCUUUAAUUGUACCUGUAUUUCUGGUUAUGAAGGAAUAAACUGUGAACAAGAAAUAGAUGAAUGUUCAAGUAACCCUUGUCAAAAUGGUGCUACAUGCACUGAUUAUUUAGAUGGUUUUAAUUGUACCUGUAUUUCUGGAUAUGAAGGAACAAACUGUGAACAAGAAAUAGAUGAAUGUUCAAGUAACCCUUGUCAAAAUGGUGCUACAUGCACUGAUUAUUUAGAUGGCUUUAAUUGUACCUGUAUUUCCGGAUAUGAAGGAACAAACUGUGAACAAGAAAUAGAUGAAUGUUCAAGUAACCCUUGUCAAAAUGGCGCUACAUGCACUGAUUAUUUAGAUGGUUUUAAUUGUACCUGUAUUUCUCCUUAUGAAGGAACAAACUGUGAACAAGAAAUAGAUGAAUGUUCAAGUAACCCUUGUCAAAAUGGUGCUACAUGCACUGAUUAUUUAGAUGGCUUUAAUUGUACCUGUAUUUCUGGUUAUGAAGGAAUAAACUGUGAACAAGAAAUAGAUGAAUGUUCAAGUAACCCUUGUCAAAAUGGUGCUACAUGCACUGAUUAUUUAGAUGGUUUUAAUUGUACCUGUAUUUCUGGAUAUGAAGGAACAAACUGUGAACAAGAAAUAGAUGAAUGUUCAAGUAACCCUUGUCAAAAUGGUGCUACAUGCACUGAUUAUUUAGAUGGCUUUAAUUGUACCUGUAUUUCCGGAUAUGAAGGAACAAACUGUGAACAAGAAAUAGAUGAAUGUUCAAGUAACCCUUGUCAAAAUGGUGCUACAUGCACUGAUUAUUUAGAUGGUUUUAAUUGUACCUGUAUUUCUGGAUAUGAAGGAACAAACUGUGAACAAGAAAUAGAUGAAUGUUCAAGUAACCCUUGUCAAAAUGGUGCUACAUGCACUGAUUAUUUAGAUGGCUUUAAUUGUACCUGUAUUUCCGGAUAUGAAGGAACAAACUGUGAACAAGAAAUAGAUGAAUGUUCAAGUAACCCUUGUCAAAAUGGCGCUACAUGCACUGAUUAUUUAGAUGGUUUUAAUUGUACCUGUAUUUCUCCUUAUGAAGGAACAAACUGUGAACAAGAAAUAGAUGAAUGUUCAAGUAACCCUUGUCAAAAUGGUGCUACAUGCACUGAUUAUUUAGAUGGCUUUAAUUGUACCUGUAUUUCUGGUUAUGAAGGAAUAAACUGUGAACAAGAAAUAGAUGAAUGUUCAAGUAACCCUUGUCAAAAUGGUGCUACAUGCACUGAUUAUUUAGAUGGUUUUAAUUGUACCUGUAUUUCUGGAUAUGAAGGAACAAACUGUGAACAAGAAAUAGAUGAAUGUUCAAGUAACCCUUGUCAAAAUGGUGCUACAUGCACUGAUUAUUUAGAUGGCUUUAAUUGUACCUGUAUUUCCGGAUAUGAAGGAACAAACUGUGAACAAGAAAUAGAUGAAUGUUCAAGUAACCCUUGUCAAAAUGGUGCUACAUGCACUGAUUAUUUAGAUGGUUUUAAUUGUACCUGUAUUUCUGGAUAUGAAGGAACAAACUGUGAACGAGAAAUAGAUGAAUGUUCAAGUAACCCUUGUCAAAAUGGCGCUACAUGCACUGAUUAUUUAGAUGGUUUUAAUUGUACCUGUAUUUCUGGAUAUGAAGGAACAAACUGUGAACAAGAAAUAGAUGAAUGUUCAAGUAACCCUUGUCAAAAUGGCGCUACAUGCACUGAUUAUUUAGAUGGUUUUAAAUGUACCUGUAUAUCUGGAUAUGAAGGAACAAACUGUGAACAAGAAAUAGAUGACUGUUCAAGUAACCCUUGUCAAAAUGGCGCUACAUGCACUGAUUAUUUGGAUGGUUUUAAUUGUACCUGUAUUUCUGGAUAUGAAGGAACAAACUGUGAACAAGAAAUAGAUGAAUGUUCAAGUAACCCUUGUCAAAAUGGUGCUACAUGCACUGAUUAUUUAGAUGGUUUUAAUUGUACCUGCAGUUCCGGAUAUGAAGGAACAAACUGUGAACAAUAUAUUAAUGAAUGUUCAAGUAACCCUUGUCAAAAUGGCGCUACAUGCGCUGAUUAUUUGGAUGGUUUUAAUUGUACCUGCAUUUCUGGAUAUGAAGGAACAAACUGUGAACAAGAAAUAGAUGAAUGUUCAAGUAACCCUUGUCAAAAUGGUGCUACAUGCACUGAUUAUUUGGAUGGUUUUAAUUGUACCUGUAUUUCUGGAUAUGAAGGAACAAACUGUGAACAAGAAAUAGAUGAAUGUUCAAGUAACCCUUGUCAAAAUGGUGCUACAUGCACUGAUUAUUUAGAUGGCUUUAAUUGUACCUGUAUUUCUGGAUAUGAAGGAACAAACUGUGAACAAGAAAUAGAUGAAUGUUCAAGUAACCCUUGUCAAAAUGGCGCUACAUGCACUGAUUAUUUGGAUGGUUUUAAUUGUACCUGUAUUUCUGGAUAUGAAGGAACAAACUGUGAACAAGAAAUAGAUGAAUGUUCGAGUAACCCUUGUCAAAAUGGUGCUACAUGCACUGAUUAUUUGGAUGGUUUUAAUUGUACCUGUAUUUCUGGAUAUGAAGGAACAAACUGUGAACAAGAAAUAGAUGAAUGUUCAAGUAACCCCUGUCAAAAUAGUGCUACGUGCUUUGACCUAACGCCAGGAUUUCAGUGCCGAUGUCUGGAGGGAUACACCGGUGAAUAUUGCUCGAUGGACAUCGAUGAAUGUUCUGUGAAAACUGCCUGUCCUAAUAAUUCUAUAUGUGAGAACACAGUGGGAUCUUUUGCUUGUUUUUGCCUCGAUGGAUAUGAAGGGGAACGCUGUGACAUCAUUUCUAAUCCAUGUAUUUCAUCCCCGUGCGAACGAGGAACUUGCGACAAAAUCAAUAGAGAUACAUAUAGUUGUAUUUGUGAGGAUGGAUUCUUCGGAGUAAAUUGUGAAAUCCCCGAUCCGUGUUCUUCGUCCCCUUGUUACAAUGGAGGAGAAUGUCAAAGCAAUGAUGCUGGGCAAUGGGUAUGCCAAUGUCUCAAUGGCUUCAUCGGUGAACUUUGUCAACUAGACUUGGAGCUUUACUCGUAUAGUGUACUUCUAUAUGGUUCAAGUGUUGAUGAGGAGAUCUUUGUUGAAGACAUGGAAGCUCUCUUCUCAAAAGUAUAUGUUGAAGGCGUCAAUGUAAUCAUCACAGAAACAUCCAACUACUACACGCCUGACACAGGAGACGAUAUCAUUGGUGUUACUUUCGUUGUGUACGCAAACGGAACAGCACUCGACUCAGAUGAAAUCAGCGCAGUGUUAAACGCUGUCCCAAAAGAAGAUCUAAAUAACAGAGAGCAAUACGAAUUCUACUUCGGCGAAGUUAUCCCGGAAAAACCGGAUCAACCGAGAUGGCUGGCGGAGUACUGGUAUGUUUUAGUAAUCGUUGUGAUAUUCGGGAUCGUUCUCCUCCUCACUACCGCUUUGUCACUGGGUCAUCUGAUGGUCAAUCGGAGCUUACGAAAGAUGCAAUAUGAGGAAAACAAAAAGAGACUCGAAGAGAAUCAAAAGCAGACGAAUGUAUAUGAAGAUGAGCGCUACAUAAAGGGACAUUGGAAUAGUCAUAACCACGCACUGAGGAGCUCAUCACAUUUCGACGAAGAGCAUAUUUUCAGGACAAAUCCUAUAUAUAUGGCGCAGGAUUAUUUAAGCUUCCGUGAUGAUAAUUCCGAUGAUUAUCAUUACGUUCAAGAUUACCUCUAAAUGUACCAGAAUCUGAAUUAUAAAAUUAAGAAAAACUAAGAUUUUAAUUUCAAAUUAAAUCAGUCGAAUUGAGUUAAACAUUGUCACAUAAACUACUGUAACACAACAAAUACGAUCGGAAUUACAGGGGUUAUAAAAUAUAAUGUGUAUUAUAAGCUCUAUAUUGUAUAUACUUCUUGUUUAUAGCGUUUUUAGAUAUUAUUUUUUUAUAGGCAUUAUUAAAGAAACAAGCUAUAAAGGUGAUGUAUUAUUAUUAUCAUUAUGUAUUUUAUUCAUUGUCAGCACAGAUAUUGAUGAAUAUUUAGAUGUUACUUGUUGCAUUUCAUAACCUUCAAAAAUAACUCGGAUGCUGCUAGACGUUCUAACAGGUAAUUAUAUUGUCUUAUAUUAUCAUGCAUCCUUUGUAUCAAUGCUGAAUCAUUGUCGGGUUGUAUUUUUACUGGUCCAAAAAAUAACAGUCAAACGAUAAGAUGCUUACGGGCUUUUUAUAUGGAGUUUUAUUCAAAACAAUAAAUUCAGUGUUUAUGUGAUUUCUAUAUUAUUUAUACAGUACGUAAAAAGGGACAGUUUUAAAAGUCUAUCAAAAUUAUGAUGUCUAUAUUUUGAUGUUAAAAGAUGCCAUUAAGUCUUAUCUUUUAAAUUACAUUAAAAAAUGAGUUUCGUUCAGGCUUGAGUGAACACGAAAAGUUUUUUGCCAGGGGCUCAAAAACAGGCUUGCGACAAAUGGCAUAAAAUUGAAAAAUAUUGAUCAUCAGACCUCUUGCUAAUUUUAUUCAAAUUGCUCUCAUUUCUUUAUCUCUGCAUCAAUUAUGUACAUACUUAAUAAAUAUGAUUCUUGAGUAAUACCACAUAUGUGUCCAAGAGACUGAUGAGGUCGAAGUUCAUAAAGGGUCAAAAGGUCAAUGAUAUGAUAUGGUCACGUCCAUUCCUUUUUGAAGUUUUCGUUUAACUUGCUCUCAUUUCUUUAUUUCUGCAUCAAUUAUGUUCAUACUUGGUACAUAUGACACUUGGGUAAUACUACAUGUGUAUCCAUGAGAAUAAUUGGGUCAAAUGUAAUCUAGGGGUCAAAAGAUUAUAAUGCACAUUUUAAUUAUCGCGAAAUCAGGCGAGACUCAUGGUUCGCCAACCACCUUGUUUUCAUUUAAAUAUGUUAUCUUUUAGCACUGAAUAUUCUUUGAUAAGUAAGAAAAAACUUUUCUGUCAACCUAAGCAAGGAGAAUUCCAUUAUCAAUGGGAAAGCUCGUAAUCUAUUUAUAUCCUUUUAUUAUCUGCAACAAAGGUUAUGUGCCUUUGAAAAACAUGAAUCCUAUAUUGUCAAGGGAACAUUUCUUCCUUGAACAAGUUGAAUUGUGUGCUUGACCGGGCAAUGUUAAUUCUAACAGAGGGAUUCAUGUCUUUUAAAUGCACCAUAGCCUUUCAGCACACAAUAAAAAGAUUUUAUCAAAUAACAAGCUCUCCUACUUUAAUGCGAACCCCCUUUAAUUUGGGUUGACAAUUAUUUUACCAUUUACUUAUGAAAAAAAAAAUCACUGCUAAAGAUAACAUAUUAAACCAAAAAACAACAGCUCAAUUCAAGUAAAUGAAUAGAUUUUUAAAUGGAUUUUGACAACAUAAUUCGAAAAUUAUGGUAAAGAUAAUAAAAAAAUUUGAAGAAAGUUUACUGAUUAGUUUCGGAUUCAGAUUUAUUUCCAACAAAACAUAAAGAUUAAGCAAUAAGCAAGAAGUCUAAAGAUCAACAUUUUAUUCCAUUUGGCGCAAGCCUUUUUUCUUAACCCUUGACAAAAACGUUUGGUGUUCGCUCAAGCAUGAAUGUAACUAAUUUUUCAAAAUGGCAUUUGAGGGAUAAGACAUUAGAGCAUCGAUGAACCUCAAAAAUAUAGACAUCAUAAUUUGAAAAAAAAAUUGAUAGACUUUCCAACACUGUCCCGUUUUGUCUCGCCUGCAAAGCAGAGCAA